AUGCGAGGAGCUGAAGGCGAAGGUGAUGGUUGUGCCAUCAGAGGCGUUCCGCAAACCCGUUUAAGGGAAUUCGUUGACCUUUACUCCUCUUUGGGUUGGAAUUCCCUUGUUUGUUAUGCUCAUUAUCUAUCCGCAUUCAAUAAGGAAAGCGCCGUGCCUUUGGCAUUUUAUGUUUUUGAUGAACUUAUCGAGGUGCUAAGGACUAGACCAUGUCCUGUUGUAUUUGCUUGUUUUUCUGCCGGAUCAAAAGCCUGUCUGUACAAAUUAUUUCAGCUCAGUGAAGGAAGAUGUCCAGCUCCACUCAAUUUGCACGACUGUCAAUUGUUUAGGAACUGUAUUUCUGGACAUAUAUAUGAUUCUGGGCCACUAGAUGUUACAAGUGAUUUUGGCUUCCGUUUUUCUCUACACCCUUCAAUUGCAAAAGUGCCCGGCCCAUCAAAGCUUGUUUCUUUGGUAGCAAAGUCUGUUGCAUCUGGUUUAGAUGCUUUAUACUUGACUCGAUUUGAAUCCCAAUCAGCUGAACACUGGCAGGCUUUAUAUUCUUCUGUUAAUUUAGGGGCUCCGUUUCUCAUUUUAUGUUCGGAGAAUGAUGACCUUGUGAGAUAUCAAAGUAUCUAUGAUUUUGCCCAACGACUACGCUGUCUCAACGGUGAUGUCAAUCUUGUAAAUCUGAGAAAUUCCUCCCAUGUUGGUCACUACAAACAUCAUCCAAUCCAAUACAGAGCUGCUGUAAGCCUUUUAUUGGAGAAGGCCGUGUCAACAUAUUCACGAAAAGUGAUACUUGAACGAGAAAGGACUGGUAUCGAUGGUACGCACGACGAGAUAUCCGAGUUAAUCUGUGAUCUGCAGAAAGUUGCAAUUAAUUCAAAUGAAAGCUUUAGAAGAGUUGCAGUGGGGCCAAGUGACCACUUCUUUUUGCCUAGUUCAGCCGAACAUACCAACAAUGACAGACAAUCUGGGAUUUCACGCGAGGAACCGAAAGAAGAAUCUGUCUGUGUUCCCAGCUUCCCAAGCAUCAGCGCUCACAGUGUUCUUGGGCAAUUUCUUUUCGACGUUUGUGUUCCUAAGAAUGUUGAAGGUUGGGAUGUGAUGUUUUGUGGGAAUCUAAAUGGGAGGACGCGUGCUUCAGUGACUAGGAAUUCACCUUCCAGAGGCAUUAAACGUGUUGGUCGCUCCAGGUUAUGA